CCAAUUUUAGUGAAGAUCCAUCCACACCCUGCGAAGUAGUUACAUGGACAUACAACAGACAGUACUACUAUAUUUAUAUAGAUUCAAAAAGGGACAUUUUAAAAUGUUUCUGCAAAAGAUAGCGCUGUUGUCACCAAAAUCGUGGGGAAAAGUUACUUUGGCAUUAGAGAAGAGUUAAGUUAGAUGUAAAGGGAGACAGACGUGUAUGGUGUAAAUGGAACUCUGAAAUAUGUUUAACAUCAAUAGAUUUUUAAAUCGCUUAUCUGAUCAGAGCAAGAUCCCAGCUCAACAAGCACCAGUUACUUCUAAUGAUCGAGAUGGGAAUGAUCAGCAAACUGCAGCUGAGGGUUUCCUGUGUCCCUCUUGUAUGCUGGCAUUUCCUUCUCCAGAAGCUUUACAGGACCACUAUGAGAGUGCUCACAUAGAAACUGCAACAGUUGGAAGUACAGAAGCAUCACAAAGAUCUACGUAUGUAUGUCCAGCAUGCAAGAUGAGGCUGGGAACAGAAAGAGAGCUACAGUCUCAUUACAAUAGGCAUCAUACACCUCAAGAUGAACAGACAAGAUCAAAAGAUGGUAAACUGUCUGUACUGCAACAGGACAUUUCUGACCUCCAGAUAUCUCUCAAGGAAGAAAAAUGGUAUUCAGAGGAGCUGAAAAAGGAAGUAUCUAGACUACAUGCAGCACUAGAAAAUAGGGACAGUAGUGGAGGAAGUGGUGGAGUUGAUCAGGCUGAAGUUGAAAUGCUUCGAAGUCAAAUCCGAGCUUUAGAAGAGGGAAAAGCUCUAAUUACCUCAGAAGUCCUUUUAUUAAGGCAGCAGUUGUCAGACAGUUUAGAGACUAACAAGUUGAUAAAGCAGGAGAAGGAAAAGUUAGAACAAAAAAUUGCAACUAUGUCUGAAAAUCUAGUUUCUUUGAAAGCAAGUUUGGAUGAAGCAAUGAGUUUGAAGACAAAUUUCGAGACACAGGUUAAAAGACUUAAGGAACAUUGUGCAAAUAUGGAAGUUGAAAUGCAACAAAGAAGGCCAGGGGCAGAGGAUGUCUCAGUUUUAAGACAAGAGUUGGUGUCAGUUCAGAGGAUGAUGGACCAGUUAGCUCUUGAGAAAGAAUCUGAAAAGGAAGUUCUUCAGACCCAGUACAACAGCCUAGAAAAGAAACAUGUGCAACUUCAAGAGGAUAAAGAGAAGCUGGAAAAGCAACUUUGUUCAGCUCCAUCUUUCCAAGACAUCGAAAGCCUUCAUGCCAAACUAUCAGAAAGUUAUUCUAAUAGUCAGGAGCUUCAGAACAGUUUGCAAUUGAUGACACAGGAAACACUAGAAUUUCAGACAAAGGUUGAACAGCUUCAAGAACAAUUUCAAGAGCAGCAGGAAUCUUUGAACACUCUCCAAGUGGAAAAUGAAAAACUAAAAAAUGAAUUGGACAUUAGUGAUCAAGAAAGACAGCAGCUGCAAAAAGAGCUUAGCAACCAAACUCAAGAGCGUGAGAAUUUGUAUCAUAAAAUUGAAGAAAUGCAGAGAGAUACAGAAAAUUCCAUUGGUGAAAAGCAUGAAUUAGAAAAGAUAUUCAUUCAGCAAAAGGAGCAACUACAAAAUGAGUUGCAUCUCAAGGAAAAAGAAACAGUUGAACUACAACAGCAAAUGGAAAAGCUCUUGGAAAAACUGAAAGAAAAGGAUUCUCAACUCCAAGAUACUCAUAACCAGAUUUCUAAUCUACAAGAACAGUACCAGUAUCAGUGCAGUGCCAAUGAUGACCUUACUAGUCAGAUAUGGGAAAAAGAAUCUCAACUACAGGAAAAUCUUCGAUUGGCUCAAACAAAAGAAGAGAAAGUCAAAGUAUUAGAAAUGCAAGCACAAAACGACAAAGAAACUAUUGAGAGAUUGGAAGCUGAGAGGAAUGAACUUCAUUCAAAGAUUGAGGCAGGUGAAGGUACAAAUACUGCCCUGCAGCAACUCAGACUAGAAAAUACUACUCUUCAAGACAGGAUUCACACCUUGGAAAAAGCUACCCAAGAGGCUAAAGCAGAAAAUGAUUCAACAGUUGAAAACUUACACAAACAGUUACAUGAGACUCGAUCAAACUUGCAGGCUGUUCAGAGUAAAAGUACCAAACUUGAUACUCAGCUUCAAGAGGCAAACUCAAAUCUGGCAACAAUUCGUGAAAAAGUGAGCUACAUGGAGGGUGAAAUAAAAACCAAGUCAGAAUUACUGGCAGCUUGUGAGGCAGCAAAAAUAUCACAACGAGCAGAUUUGGAACAUCAUUUGAAGAGUUGCGAAAAAAGCUUAGAGGAAAAAUCAAGACAGUUAGAGGCAACAAGAAAGAAAUUAGAAAAUGUAGAGGAACAACUAAAUUCUAAGAAAGAAGAAGCACUGAAACUUGAACGUCAUCUUUCAGAAGAGGUGCAAAAGUGUGCUGAAUGGGAGAAAAGAUGCAAAGGUGUGGAGAACACAUUGUUAGAAAAGGAAAACACCAUAGUGAACUUAACAUCUGAGAUCACAACAUUAAAAAAAGAAAUUGAAGAAAGCAACCUUAAACUCAUCACUGUAGAAAAAGAUGCAAAACAAACUAGAAAAGAUUUCGAGCAGAAAAUAGAAUGUUUUCUGUCAGAGAAGAACAAGGUAGAAAAAGAGAUAUCUGAACUUCAGCAGUUUAAGUCCAACUUGCUUACUGAAACAAAAGAGUUGAAAACGCAGCUAAAUAUAUCCAGUAAAGAAUUAGGCAAAGCUGUAGAAGAAAAACAGGCUGUUAAGGACAAACUGGAGAAUCAGCUUAAAGAACUCAAGUUAAAAACUGAUAAAGAUUUCAGUGUUUUAACCCUGGAAAAGAAAGAACUCGAGUCAGGCUUACUAAAUUCUCAGGAGAAAGUACAGCAGCUCGAAGAAUUCAAACAGAGGAUUCAGCAAGAGAAUGAAAUACUAAGAAAAGAACUGGGUGAUACUAAGCAGCUGGUAACCAAGCAACAGGAGCAGCUACAACAGGACAAAGACAAGGAAGAGGAACUUCAGCAACAUAUUAAUAGGCAGCAGGAACAACUGCAGUUAAUCCAAAAUGCAGAGAAAGUACUCCAGCUUCAGGUUACUAGUCAAGAAAAAGAGUUAAAACAAUUUAAGGAUGCUGAGAAGGUUCUUCAGCAACAGGUUGCUAGGCAACAAGAAAAUCUGGAACAAAAUAAAACUACAGAGAGAGCUCUCCAGGCAGAAAUUAACAAACUUGAAGCCAGAUGCCAAGAUUUAGAAAAGGAACUGACUAAGCUGUCUCACCAAUCACAAGUUGACCUUAACAAUCAACAAGAACAGCUAACAAAGCUGCAAUCAGUACAUGAGUCACUGAAAAAUCAACUCCUGGCUACCCAAGACCAGCUUCUGUUAAAUGAUCAAGUUAAAUCUGAAUUAGAGGCCCAAGUGAACACCAUUCAAUCUGAACUGGAAGAAAGUCGAAAUAAUGAAGCACAGGUCAAUGCUGCUCUGGAAAACGUAACUGAGGUUAAGAAAGACCUCAGUGAAAGAGUAUUGAAAUUAGACCAAGAAACAGAAAAGUUGAGGGAUGAAAAUCAACUCUUAGAAGCUAAGAGAGUUUCCAUAGAAACAGAACUGGAAGAAAAAACUAAUUGUUUGGCACAAAUGGAUAAACAGAAUGCAGAAUUACAACAGCAGGUUGCAACCUUAGAAGACAAAUAUCAAGAAGAACUUCAAGCUGGAGCUAGGAAAGCUGCUGAUUUGAAAGAAGCCAAACAGUUACUGGUCCAACAAAAAAUGGCCUUACAGACUCAGAUAGAAACUCUGAAGGAGGAAAUAAAACAGAAUGAAGCCAGGUAUAAAAAAGAAAUAAACAAACUGGAGGAAUCUAUGAACAUAUGUAAGCAAGAAACUGAUGACCUGCGGUCAGAACUUGCUCAAGAGACUCACAGUAAACAGAAACAGCAGCAGGAGUGGGAGACAAAAGAAGCACAGUAUGAGACACAGAAAAGCAUUCUGAAUGAAAAUCUGAGCACACUCCGAGAAGACUUGUUAAAUGAACAGUCCAAGCGUGAACAGUUUGAAAAAAAAGUUGAUGAACUCGGUGGUGAUAAACUUGAAUUAGAAGCUAAACUGGAUAAUGCUUUAGAUGAAAGAAGAGCACUCUUAGAAAGAUGUCUAAGUAGUGAAACGGAGUGUGAGAAACUACGAGUGACGACAACUGAACUACGGAGGAAGUAUGAUGACACUGUAGCAGCUUUGCAAGAACUGGGGAGGGAAAACCAAACAUUACAGAUUGAGAACACAAAACACAUGACCAGGAAGUGGGCAGAUGAUUCUGAAGUUACUCAUUGUACCACGUGUGGAAAAACCUUUACAGUUACUGUACGAAAGCACCACUGUAGACAUUGUGGAAACAUCUUUUGCCAAGAAUGUUCAUCUAAAGUAGCUAUGAUUCCUUCUGCCAAGAAACCAUUGCGUGUUUGUGAUGUGUGUUACAACGAAUUGACCAAGUGAAAUGACUAUGGCUUGUUUUAUAGAGGUGAAGCUGAACAAAGCAAACUUGAAACCUCAGACUUGAUCACUGACCAUUACAAAGCCAAAGAUAAUGGAAAUUAAAUCUAUUUUAUUAAGAAUAAUAAAGUGGUGUAUAUAAAUAGUCAAAGAACUAAUUAACAUUCUUCACAAACAAUAUUAACAUUUUACUUUAAAGUGUGUGAAACCUUGCUUUAAAUCAUUGGAUUCUAGCUACUAUCUAAAAAAAUACUUUUAUAUUUUACCACAGAUCUACUUUAGUCCAGGAAAAUGUUUAGAAGACUUAUCAGUACACUUAAAUGAUUAAAGCUGGUAAAAAAAAAUCUAACUUAAUUUCAUCUGGAAACUGAUUAAUAAACAAAACUAAGUAAUAGAUUUGUAUUACUUUAUUAGAACAAUAUAAUGAUCAUUUGUUAUCGUGUGAACAUCUUUUGCUGAUAAGAUAUGAUUAUAAUGAAAUAUACUUGUCAUGAAGACUUAUAAGAUUUUUGAAUGGAUGGAAUAAAGAAGGUAAUGUUUGAAUAUCCAGUAAACCUAAUACUGUUGUCUAAUGACAAAUAUAAUUGAUGAUAAUGAUCACAUUUAUUGCUUCUGACAUUGCUAAGUCAUUAGUUCUUAUAAAUGGAAAAUUAUACAAGAAAUUCUUUACAUUAAAUAGUUUAAGAGAUUAUAUUCCAUGUCAUUUAUUGAUAAACGUAUUUUUUUUUAGUAUGGAAGAAUUACUAUCAGUGCCAUAACAAGAUUUUUGUUUAAGUAUCACUUGUGCUAAGAAAUUCAGUGUGAUGUAUUUUCAACUGCCUCUGGUUGAAAUUUUAUUUUCUUCAGAAUCAAAUGUAAAGAUGAGAGAUGCAACUUCUUUGAAUAAAUAUUUACC